AUGGCAGAGGGGGAGGAGGGAGUGAUGCGCAUAGGGCGUCGGUGCUACGUCUCAAACCUGGCCUGGCGCACCAGCUGGCAGGACCUGAAAGACAAGUUCAGGGAGUGUGGCAACGUCGUUUACGCGAACGUCACCCGCGGGGACGACGGUCGCUCCAAGGGCUGGGGUAUCGUGGAGUUCGAGACCCCUGAUGAGGCCAUUGCGGCCGUCAACACGCUGAACGGCGUCGACCUCGGCGGUCGCCGCAUCUCGAUUGUGGUCCAGGGCAUCCCAUGGAAGUUCACCUGGCAGGACCUCAAGGACCUCUUUACCGAGAUAGGGGACGUGGAGCGCGCUGACGUCAUGCAAGCCCCAGACGGCCGCAGCAAGGGCUGGGGCACCGUGCGCUUUUUGAGCAAGGAGGCGGCGCAGAGCGCCAUCGACAGCUUCCACGGCUCUGACCUGGAGGGGCGCACCCUCACGGUCUUCCUGGACAAGAAGGCUUGA